AUGGACACAAGUAUGACUCUAAUAGUUGGUCUUGAAUUUGAUGAUCUAGAAGAGGCAUGGCAAUAUUGGAUUGACUAUGGUGGAAGAAUAGGAUUCAGUGUUAGAAAGCAAAACUCUAAUAAGAGCAAGAAGGAUGAUUCUAUCAUAUAUUGCAAAUAUGUUUGUUCCAAGGAGGGAGUGAAAAAAGCAGAUAAAAGAGACUUUAAAACUAAGAAGCCUCGAAAGGAAACAAGAACAGGGUGUGAAGUGAAAAUGAUAAUUAAAAAGGUGAAUGAAAGAUUUAGAGUUAGUGAACUAUUUUUGGACCAUAAUCACCCUUUAGAGCCCCCAGAGACUAUUCAUUUAUUAGCAUCACAAAGGAGAUUACCGAAAGCACAAGGCUAUGCUUUGGAGUUUGCUGAAGAUACGGGGAUUAAGCAAAAAGCCUCUUUUAAUUUAAUGAGCAAAUAUGCAGGAGGGAGGGCUAAUUUGGGGUAUACCAAAGAGGAGGUAAAGAGUUAUCUAAGAUCAAGGAGGCAACGAGACAUGAUCUAUGGUGAAGCUGGGUUUUUACUUCGCUAUUUUCAACAACAAUUGACAAAAAAUCCUUCAUUUUUUCAUGCUUAUCAAAUGGACUCAGAAGAGCAGAUAACUAAUGUGUUUUGGGCUGAUACACGUAUGUUGAUAGAUUAUGAUUGUUUUGGGGAUGUCAUUUCAUUUGAUACAACAUACUCUACAAAUCGUGACAACAGACCACUUGCCAUUUUCUCAGGUUUCAACCAUUACAGAGAAGUAGUGAUAUUUGGUGCUGCUUUAUUAUAUGAUGAGACUAUUGAGUCUUUUAAAUGGCUUUUUGAAACCUUUUUACAAGCACAUAAGCAAAAAAUGCCAUUUACUAUGUUUACUGACCAAGAUGCAGCAAUGGCAAGAGCCUUAGAAGAAAUAAUGCCAAAUGUAAAGCAUGGCUUAUGCACAUUCCACAUCAAUAGAAAUGGGGUGAAACAUCUUGGAAACUUAAUGAAAGAUGGCUCUCGUUUUCUGGGUGAGUUUAAUUGGUGCAUGUAUCAUUGCAAGGAAGAAACAAGGUUUGAGGAAUCUUGGAAAGAAUUAUUAUCAAAAUAUAAUGUAGAAGAAAAUCCAUGGUUGAUGUCUAUUUACAAGUUAAAAGAAAAAUGGGCAGCAUGUUACAUGAAGUACUCAAAGACUCUUGGUAUGAGAAGUACACAACUUAGUGAAAGUAUCAAUUCAUUUAUAAAAAGUUGCACUAAUCCUGAAUUGAAUAUUAGUCAAUUCUUCAAUGUCUUUGAACAAGUUGUUGUGGAUAAGCGGUAUAAUGAAUUGCAAAGUGACUUCAACUCACGCCAGAAGUUGCCAAGGUUGAUAUUGAAGAGUUCGUCUAUGCUGCAACAGCUUUCUCAAGUUUACACACCACCAAUUUUUGACUUGUUCCAGCAUGAGUAUGACUUACGUGAUGCUACGUGUAUAAAAGAGAGGAAAGAAAGAAAAAUAGCUGCAGAUGAUGAUGCUCUUGUUAUUGAUUAUGUAAUCACAAUGGUUGAUAAAAAAGGAGAGUGGAGAUUGACAUUUGAGCCAUCAAGAGAAGAUAAAGAGGCUGUCAUUACUUGUAAUUGUAAGAAGUUUGAACAAUGGGGAAUACUAUGCUGUCAUGCAUUGAGGAUAUUGUAUGACCAAGAUGUAAAGCUACUUCCAAAGCAAUAUGUGUUAAAGAGGUGGACAAAAGAAGCAAGGUGUGGUGUAGUGCAUGAUAGUAAGGGAAAGGAAAUUGAAGUUGAUCCUAAACUAGAAUGCUCGAAUCGAUAUAGGCAAUUGUGCCCCAUGCUCAUAAAAUUAGCUAGUGAUGCAUCUGAAUGUUCAGAGGCAUUCUCUAUGGUUCAUCAAGCAGUGCUAGAGCUUAGCAAGAAAGUGUCUCAACUUCUUAUUAACCACUCAUCAGAUAGUGUUAAUAAUGAAGGAGGUGUUGAUGAUGAUGUUGGUAAGAAUGAUGGUUCAGGCAUUGGAUUCAAGAAGAGAGAGCGCAAAAAGAUUAGUCCAAGUUGGGUCGACAAUCCAAGUCAAAAAAGAAAAAAAGUUAAGACUUUAAAAAAAUCUACUAACAAGUCUUCACAAUGUUCAAAGGUAUAA